AUGUCAAAAACAGAAGCGGAUGAACAAAAUGAUCGGGAAUCAAGUAAAAAACUGUUGAAUACCCAAAAGUCAGUGGAUCCCCAGGAAUUGAGGAAGUUUAUGAAUGACAUGCCCCUUACCCAGGAUACGACCUGUGGAUUUUUGUGUUUUCGAGGGCCAAAUUUGCAAAAAUUAGCCAAUCAAACGGCUUAUGUUAUCAUUUAUGGCAUGGUUGGCUGUGUCUUCUCCAUGACCAAUUCAUAUUUUCAUGGUACCAUUUCAACGCUGGAAAAACGCUUUAAAAUUCCCUCCCGCAAUACGGGUAUGAUUAUGAUUGGCAAUGAUUUGAGUCAGGUGCUGUGUUCGGCCUUUUUGGGUUAUUAUGCUGGCAAAAAACAUAGGCCGAGAUGGAUGGGCUUUGGUUUAUUGACAUUAAUCGUCUUCUGCAUGUUAACGGUCACUCCUCAUUUCAUCUAUGGCCCCGGUGAAGAUGCCUUAAGUCUAACCAAGGAAUAUGGGGCUGUAUCGGAUAUAAAUAUAUCUUCACAGGAUUUAGAGGAACAAAGACAAAAAAUUUUAUGCCGUACCGAUGGUACUGGUGUGGAGUGUGAGAUACGCGAAGGAAAUUUAUUACCACAGAUUUUGAUGUUCAUAGCACAAUUCAUAGCAGGUGUAGGGGGUUCCCUCUACUACACCUUGGGGGUGUCCUAUAUGGAUGAUAACACCGAAAAAGCCAAGGCGCCAGCUAUGUUGAGUAUUUCCUAUUUCUUUGGCCUGUUGGGACCCUCUUUGGGCUACACUCUGGCCUCCAUGUGUUUGCGGGUCUACAUAGCCCCCAGCCUUACACCCAUUAUCAAUAACAAAGACUCACGCUGGCUGGGAGCCUGGUGGCUGGGCUGGCUUAUAACCGCUGGCCUCAUAUUCUGUUUUGGCCUUUGCAUGUGCAUGUUCCCCCGCGAAUUACCCAUGACCGCCGCGCGCCGUAAAUUACAACAACUUAAGGCCAAAGAGGAGAAUAUGGGCCAAUCUGUGGAACAAGUUGCCCACGUCACCUCAUUUAGCGAUAUGCUGAGGACCUUCAAAAUGUUCUUUCAGAACAAAAUAAUUUUCUUCAAUAUGCUGUCGAAUACAUUUUUCUUCUUCGGUUAUCUGCCGUAUUGGAUAUUUACAGCCAAGUAUAUAGAAAUUCAAUAUCGACAAUCAGCGUCUACUUCAAGUAUGGUUACAGGCACAGUGGCUUUGGUAUUUUCUGCGGUCGGCAUUUUGCUCUCGGGUUUCAUUGUAUCGAAAUUUAAACCCAGAGCUCGUUAUUUGGCAGCAUGGAAUAUCAUAGUUGAUAUCGUAACGAUGGCUGGUAUGAUUGCCUAUGCAUUUAUUGGUUGCCCUGCUAAUGACAAUUCGCUGAUGAAUAAUUCCUAUGACAGUGUUCUAAAUACAUCAUUGAGUUGUAAUAGUCUAUGCCAUUGUGACUAUGUGCGUUAUAUGCCGGUAUGUGGAGAAGAUCAGAUGACAUAUAUUUCACCUUGUCAUGCUGGAUGUAAACAGGAAUAUAUGGAUGCUAAUGGAGUUAAGAGUUUCUACGAUUGUUCCUGUAUACCCAGUACUUCAAAUGAAACCUUGAGUGGAAACUUAUCCUUUAAGAGAUUGUCAUUAUCCGAUAUCAACGACUCAUUAUUCAGUGACACAAAGCUCUCAUUGGGAAGUGGAGGUCAGGCCAUGUCUGGUGCCUGUCCGGUGAAUUGCUCCUAUCAAUUCAUUAGCUUUUUGGCUGUAAUGUGCACCAUCAAAUUCUUUGCGGCCAGCGGCAGAGCCUCCAAUAUGUUGAUAACAAUGCGUGCUGUAGCUCCACAGGAUAAAGCAGCCAUUAUGGGCUUUGGGGUUAUGUUUAUAUCCUUAGUCUGUUUUGUGCCGGCGCCCAUACUUUUUGGAUGGAUAUUUGAUACAAAUUGUUUGGUUUGGGGCAAAACAUGCACCAACAAAGGCAACUGUUGGCUAUACGACUCGGCGAAUUUGAGAGUUACACUAAAUUCCGUGGCUGCCAGUUUUGUCUUCAUCAGCAUUUUCUGCAACAGUGGAGUUUGGUACCAUGUCAAAAAUCUCAAAGUAUUCGAUGAUGAAGAUGAGAAUAACAAGGAAAUGAAGGUUAUUUCAUCGGAUAACAAUACGCAUAGUAGUAAUUUAAAGGAUUGA